AUGUACACCAUUAAAAUCCAACCCGUCAGUUAUAUCAAAUACUAUCAGCAUACAAGUUCAACUUCGGAAUUGAGUAUGGUUUCAAGUUCUACUUCUACUCAAACUACACAGGUACUGUCUGUCAACACUCCCCAAAAACAUAGUUUAAAAGUCAAAAAUAGUGAACUAGAAAAAAAAUGCAAUCAAUUGGAAGAAAAAUUUAAAACACAGUCAAUACAACUGAGAGAAACCGUUACUUCUGUUGAUCAUUUUUAUGAAUUUUGUGAUGUGCAUUUGCCGCCCAACCUCUCCAUGAUUGUAAACAAUUAUGUUAGAAUGUCAUAG